AUGUCCGAGGUGAUCGGCAAGGCCCUCAUCGGCUACCGCAUCAAGGUUUGGUGGGCUGGCGACAGGAAAUGGUACCCUGGCGAAGUCACCGAGGCGGCGGCCGGAAGGGUACAUUUGUCUCGACAGUGGAAUGAGGGCGGCGCGCUUCUGGACAACUUCGUUCGGUACGACGAUGGGGAAACGAAGUGGCAUAGCCUCUGGCACGUUGGCGAAAAAUGGGAGGUGGUCAAGCCGCCGAGCGGGGGCGUCGCCUCGUCAAGGCCGGCGGCUGUUGCCUACGAGAUGUGCGGCAUAAACGGCUGUCCGCUCCUGAGCGGGCACGCCGGCAUGCUGCGCGGCUACCUCGUCAAGCUGCGCGGCUACCUCGUCAAGUUCAGAGACCAGCGCGCCGCCGCCCACGGCCAGUCGUACGUCGUCGGAGGCUCAGAGUACUCUCCCGGCGGCGAGGGCUCAGAGGGCGCCUACUCUCCCGGCGCCGAGGAGCUGGAGGGGGAGCUGGAGGCUUCGGCCGCUCCCCCUGCGACGUGCCCGGCGGCCGGCGCUGUCGCUGCGUCGUUGGCGGCGGAGGAGGCCGCUGCCGCACCUGCCGCUUCUGCCGCUGCUCACGCCGAUCUGGAGGGCGCCUACUCGCCAGGAGCCGAGUCGGAGGGCGCGUACAGCCCGGGUGCCGAGGAGGAGGAGGCGGGGGAGGCUUUGGCCGCUCCCGCCGGCACGGAGGGGCUUGGCGCUGCCGCGGGUGACAUCGCUGAGUCGCCCGCCGCCGAGUCGGACGGAGCGUACUCGCCGGGCGCAGACUAG